CAAGUGAAAUGCAAUGAUCGACAUCAAAAGUAUUUGAAUAUUGAUGUCAGUGUGUCGGAUCUGGAUGUGUUUUUGCUUCUCCGUUUAACGGUCAGUUCUACAGCUGUUUACACCAUGGCGACGGAAACAACUCCAGUGCGUGGGUUUAAAGACAGUGGACCUAGCGAAUAUACGAAUCUUGAGACUUGUUGCGGGAAGUACACCUCAUGGCGAUGGGUGACUGGUUACUUGUGUUGUUCAGUAUACAUGGCACAGACAGCGCUACGACAGUGUAUGGGCAUGGCUGUUGUUGCCAUGGUCAUGCCUCUUUCAGUACCGGAAGUGACGUCAAUGUCACCUGCGCAUGACAACGCUGUGAGGACCUCAGAAUUCACCUGGACUUCAAAAUUUGAGGGUUUGAUUCUGUCCGCCUUCACAUUUGGUUUCCUAGGAACGCCCAUCAUCGGUGGCUAUAUUGCUGGGAAAUAUGGCGGAAAGAUUGUCAUAACUGUUUCCCUUGUCGUUGCAUCGACUGUCACCAUAGCAACGCCAGAGGCUGCACGUGCACUGCCGAUCUCUCUGGUGAUUCUUCGUGCCAUCGUUGGCAUAUUUAUGGGGACGGUGGAGCCAGCAAUCAUGGCACUCUGGGCAGAGUGGGCACCAGAACAUGAGAAGGCGUCCCUCACAUCAUGUUCUUAUGCCGGUUUAAGCAUUGCCGGAAUUUUGACGUUCUUCAUCUCGGGAUAUUUGGGCGGCGUCUCCCUGGAUAACGGAUGGCCUCUCAUCUUCUACGUGUUUGGUGGUUUCACACUCAUGUGUGUGUUUCCCUGGGUGCUGUUUGUUUCCGACUCCCCGAGGGACCAUCCUCGCAUCACGGAGACAGAGGUGAAACUUAUCACCAGGGAGCGGACAUAUGGACAAUUGGACACCAAGGCACAGUUCAUGUUGCAGAUGCCGCGGCCGCCGUGGGGCAAGAUUUUCACAUCUCCGGCGUUCUGGGCUAUCCUAAUAGCACACAUCUGCCACUCUUGGCUGACAUCAUGGGUGAUGGCCUACCUCCCCAAGUAUAUGAAACAAAUACUAAAAUAUGGCAUCGAACAGGAUGGUGUAUGGUCUUCGGCGCCGUUUGCUGGAAGAUUAUUGGUUGGCCUGGCUUCAGCCUUUAUCAUUGACUGGGUUCUCUCCAGGAGACUUCUGUCGACAACCAAUGCAAGGAAGACGUUCCAGCUUAUGGGCUGUGUUGGAUGCGCUGUGUGCAUUAUUCCUGUCGGGUUUUUGGACCAUGAGAACGGGACUCUGGCUGUGACUCUGCUGAUUCUUGGUAUAUCACUGCAAAACUGUGCAUCUGUCGCCUUCAGAAUCAAUCACCUCGAUAUAGCGCCAAGGUUCGCCGGCGUGUUGAUGGGUAUUACCGUGACUUGCGCAAUGGUCGCCUCUCUGUCUGCACCUCUCAUUACGUCGUACGUGAUAAAACAGGGAACCAGAGAGGAAUGGCAAAUACUUUUCUGGAUCAUAGGGGGCUUAAACAUUGUCAGCGGAUGCGUGUUUGUGGUGUUUGGUAAAGGGACAGAACUUGAUUGGGCAAAGGACGCGUCCUUUGAUGUUGUUUCCGCUCACAGAACACACGACGGGGACGGGGACGGGUCCUACAAACCAUAACAUUGAAUCUUUUGACAACAAACAUUGAUUCCGAUUUUCUGGUGACAGUGUGCUCAUGUUGUCACAAGUGAAACAACAUGUUAAGUGAGCUGUCGAUAGUUCGGAAUUUUGAGAUUGAGAAUUCAAGUGAUCUUGGAGGCUCGUCAUUUAGCGUUCGGAGUGUCAUUUACUGCAAUAUGAUGAGCCCUGCCCUCGGGCUUAUAACUUUGUUUACGUGUUAUACUGGCUGUUAACGUGCACAUUGUGAAUACAUGUAAUGUCAGGUUCUUGUACUUGAAAAUGAAAGACCCGUCAAGAUCCGGGGUAGAAUAGGUCUUCAGCAACCCAUGCUUGCCGUAAAAGGCGACUAUGCCUUUCGUAAGAGGCGACUAACGGGUUCGGGUGGUC